AUGCCAGCGGCAUCCCUGCUCCAGGCUGACCUGAGUUUUACCACGGGUGAGAUGUUUACUCAGUGGCUUCCUCCCUGGCCUCACCCCGCUUGGCACACACGCCGGACUCGGUGGCUUUCGGUACUGUUUGCACCCAUGGCAACGUGCAAGGCGAUUGCAGAAAGCGGCGGCUGAGCUCUGUGUGUGCCUCUUCCUUCUGCAGACAUGGACACCUUCAGCACCAAGAACCUGGCCUUGCAGGCCCAGAAGAAGCUCUUGAGCAAGAUGGCCACCAAGACCAUAGCCAACGUCUUCAUCGACGACACCAGCAGCGAGAUCCUGGACGAGCUCUACAGGGCCACCAAGGAGUACACCCACAACCGCAAGGAGGCCCAGAAGAUCAUCAAGAACCUGAUCAAGAUCGUCAUGAAGCUGGGCGUGCUCUACCGCAACGGCCAGUUCAGCCCCGAGGAGCUGCUGGUGCUGGAGCGCUUCCGCAAGAAGGUGCACACCUUGGCCAUGAUGGCCGUCAGCUUCCACCAGAUAGACUUCACCUUCGACCGCAGGGUCCUGGCGGGGGUGCUGACGGAGUGCAGGGACCUCCUGCACCAGGCUGUCAACGGCCACCUGACGGCCAAGUCCCACUCCCGCAUCAACCACGUCUUCAACCACUUCGCCGACUACGAGUUCCUCUCGGCUCUCUACGGCCCGGCCGAGCCCUACCGCAGCCACCUGAAGAGGAUCUGCGAAGGGGUGAACAAGAUGCUGGAGGAGGACACCAUAUGA